AAAAGAAAAUUAUUAUUAUUAACAGCGGAUUACUGUACCAGUCAACUUUGGGAUUGGAUUACCAGCUAAGCGGCAGCGUGAAAGUUAGCCGUGACUGAGGUUUGGCUGUACUGUGGCACCUGAUGAACAACCAGUGCAGCUGUGUAGUAAUCAAUGUCGUCCUGAAACAACCAGUGUAACAGUGAAACAAUCAGUGUAACAGUGAACAACCGGUGUUAAAAGUGAACAACCAGUGCGGCUGUGAAACAACCAGCAUUACAGUGAACAACCAGUGUGGCUGUGAAACAAACAAAGCUGCUGUGAAACAACCAGUGUGGCUGUGAAACAACCAGCAUUACAGUGAACAACCAGUGUGGCUGUGAAACAAACAAAGGUGCUGUGAAACAACCAGUGUGGCUGUGAAACAAACAAGGCGGCUGUGAAACAAACAAAGCUACUGUGAAACAACAAGGGGGGCUGUGAAACAAACAAAGUUACUGUGAAACAACCAGUGUGGCUGUGAAACAAACAAGGCGGCUGUGAAACAAACAAAGCUGCUGUGAAACAACCAGUGUGACUGUGAAACAACCAGCAUGACAGUGAACAACCAGUGUGGCUGUGAAACAAACAAGGUGGCUGUGAAACAAACAAAGCUGCUGCGAAACAACCAGUGUGACUGUGAAACAACCAGCAUUACAGUGAACAGCCAGUGUGGCUGUGAAACAAACAAGGUGGCUGUGAAACAAACAAAGCUGCUGUGAACAACCAGUGUGGCUGUGAAACAAACAGGGCGGCUGUGAAACAACCAGUGCAGCUGUGAAACAUCCAGAACCAGUUUCAGAUACAAGGACAAUGAGAAAAGCUCAUAGAAAAAGUCCACGACUCCUAGAUCAGGUGUCAACUCUGGUCUCUUAAGUUUAAUACAUGCAUGGUAGAGUUCCAAUGAGAGUUUUGACGUUUCAGGGAUGUUAUACCGAUGAUCCCGUUCUGAGUAUUGUUUGAACUACAUCAUGGUCUGUGGACAACAAUUAAGGUACAACUGAAGCUGCCAGAUUGCUUAUGCCAAAUAAGCUCAAGCCUUUUUGAGGAAUUGCAGAUCGUUUUAAAGGAGUGCCAAUCUGUAUAUGAGGACAGGAAGAGUACAUCCCAGAAGAGGCCAGAAGAGGAAGUGAUAGUAUAAAAUUGGAGGGAACAUUAGAGAAAAUUACAGAGAAUUGGACUGACUGAGUGGAAGUAUUCAGCAAAAGGUCGUUUCAGAGUUGAUUCACAUGCUUACGUGUUUGUGGUGAAAGUGUGGACAACUUGGCAAUCCCACUAAGCUGUUUUCUUCCUGCUGAGAAUAUCUUUGCGGAUGUCACAAUGUUUGGAAUGAGGACGUAAAACACCAGAGCAAUUAGACAUCAAGAUGGCCGCUUGGAACUACUCGGCCGUGUUGCUGCCCCAGAGUAACGGAUCAUUCAGCACCCUAAAGCCACCCGAUGGCUAUUUCUCUUCUUCAGGAUUCGUGGAGACAGGAAUAGAGGAUGAUGGGAAUGGUACAGUGAGCUACGGCCAUUCCUCGGGAACAGUGUCAUAUUGGGACCCUCCGACAACCAUUGUGCUUUCUGUGAUUUUGAGUCUUCUCAUCGUGCUUUCAAUUGGAGGAAAUCUCUUGGUGAUUAGUGUCGUGGUACGGCACCGCGGUAUGAGGACACGCACAAAUAUGUUUUUGGUAAAUCUUGCGAUAGCCGAUUUCUUAGUAGGUCUAAUUCCGAUGCCAAUAUCUCUGAUCACUAUCAUCCAUGGCAGGUGGAUCUUCAGCAAUGCGAUUUGUGUGAUUAAUGGCUUCUUGAACGCUCUCUGUCUGAUGACAUCCAACCAGUUACUGAUGUACAUCAGUGUUCACAAGUAUUUCUCCAUCACCCGCCCCUUCAGCCGCUUCCUCACCGUGCGUAAAAUCCUGAUGAUGAUCGCGGCUGCAUGGCUAUGGGCGAUGCUUUGUUCGGUGCUAACGGUGACGGGACUUCAAAAAGUGCUCUACAAGAAUGGUACAAUGCACUGUGGGCCGGCAUAUCCCAGAGAUCUCAAGGCGUACAUCCACCAUGUCAUAAUUCAAGUGACGGACAUUUUCAUACCCUUAGGUGUCAUGACUUUUUGCUAUACCAAGAUCUUUAUUGAAAUUCGCCAGCAUACAAAGCGAAUGCGAGCAAAUUCUACGCUAGAAAAAGACACGAUAUUAGCUCAGCAAAAGAAGGUCACUAUCACACUGUUUAUUGUACUUGCCUGUUUCAUCUGCUGUUGGUUGCCAUAUCACGUCUACGCAUCUUACGUCUCGUACAGGAAGAAUGAGCAUGGAUACCCACCAAUAAUAAACGCUUUGGCAUACACCUUUGGUUACCUGAACAGUGCAUGUAACCCCAUUAUCUACGCACUGAGAAGUCCUUCCUUCCGGGAGGGUUACAUGGAGAUACUAUGUCGAAAAGCUGCUGUUGUCGUCAGUGAUGACGAACACCUUCCGUCUCCAUCACUUAUGUGUGUUCACCCAGUUCGUAGAUAUGAUGAACGUACAUACACCAUCAACCCUAGCAGUCCCUCAUUUAAAACAAGGUUCUCAGCGUUUAUUGGGUCCGUGAGGGGGUCCGUGAGGGGGUCGAUUGUGCGCAGUCGACUGGGAUCAGAAGUGAGUGUGACGGGAUUAGAAAGUCGCCACAAUUCCACCAGCAGUCUCACCAGAGUGUACGGUUCUAGGGAGAAGAAGGCUAGCAUUACACAGUUGAUGAAACAGGCACCGAAAAACUCCAAGGGUAAUUCAAUCAUCAAAAAGGACGGCUCCGUGGUUGUCAUGAAAGACGGGAAAAUCGUCUGUGUUCGCCAGGAAGCCUACAAGAAUGCGAGACCCAACGGGACAAGAUUGCAGGGCAUUCUGGAAAAGGGGAAUCAGUCUGGACACGUGAACGUUUCAUGCAAUCCAAUGGAAGCGGUGCUCAGUGGAACUCAGCCUGUUAAGCAGAACGGCCACCAGGUGGCUCGGAAAACAGACUCCGGGUUCCAAGAGGAUCAUUGUAGUUCUCAGGAAAGCGACUUUGCAGAAAGUCAAGAAGCCACGGGCUUGCCACGGUUGCUGGAAACACAGAAGUCACAUGAUAAUGAAACUGUUUCCUCCAAAAACAGCAUAGAACCAGUGUGGGACAGCGAACACAGCUUGAGUGAAGCCCUCGGAGACGGGCUCAAUGGACACUCAGAGAGCUGUCAGUCUUCAGAUUUUGGCCCGUCAGACCCAAAUUUGACCAACAUAGUUAUUUCGGUGGAUCCUGUAAAAGAUGAGUGGCCUGUGACGACACUUGUGACCUCACGAAGCACGGAUCAUUUGAACUCACCGAAACCAUAUCUGGAGAGUAAGCGACCAAUCAGGUUGUCAAAAAGUGACCAUUGUCUUGAUCGGGAUCAUUCAGACUCUAAAACACGUUUUGUUUUUAAACGGCAACAAGAAAGCUCAUCGAAACCCAAGAAUGGGGAUCGACUUCGAUUGCCAUCCGUGGAGCAUUUGGAUUUGCGUAGGUGCCGUCUUCGGUCAAACAGUGACACACCCCCGAGGAAGAAGUGUUCACCAAAUGUGAAACGACGGUCAUGGUUUGCCUUCAAGACCAAGAGUGCGUCAUCGAAAAAGUCUCGCAGUAGAGACAAUGUUGAUGAUCCAGUUUGAGUGUCGUCUUUAGAGUGCGUGUAAAUACAUUGUGCGUCGAUUGUUUAAAAAAUGAUGAGCGUAGCAUUUUGGUGCAGAUGCUGAUGGUAUGCCUAGCUUAGUUUCAUCACACAUUUUGGUGCAAAUGUGGAUGGGGGGUGGGGGGAGGAGGCUGUGUGGUCUAGUGCCUAGCGUUCCAGCAAGACACUAUACCCAGGAGCCUCUCACCAAUGCGGUCGCAGUGAAUUCAAGUCCAGCUGAUGCUGGCUUCCUGUCCGGUUGUACGUGUGAAGGUCAGGUAGCAAGCUGCAUCGUGGGUUUCGUGGUCAUAUAGGUGAAACAUUCUUGAGUAUGGCGUAAAACAUCAAUCAAAUGAAUAAACAAACAAAUGCCAAUGAUUUGCCUAGCUUGGAUGAGCUGUAGCUGAAAAAAUUUUCAGCGGAACGUCGAUCAUGGAGCUAUGAGGAUUAAAUUUUAUGUAGCUAUGUUUUUCAAUGUUCCAGUACAAUUACUCCCAUUUCACAGAACAAAAUGUGGAAAGCUUUAGUUUGCACCAAAAUCUGUUUUUAUAUUCCAUUUUGCAACAUGCAAAGAAGUGAUUUGUGACUGAACGUAACAUGGUGCUUAAAUGGUCAGAAAGAUUGAUGUUGGUCAGCAGGUCAUACCAAGCAAUCAGCUGACUGUAAUGAUAAGAAACUUCUCCUGAUUGGUCAGGUUAUACCCAAGUAAUCAGCUGACUGCAAUGAUAAGAAACUUCUCCUGACUGGUCAGGUUUGUAUAAUGUUGAGGUUGGCACUCGGGCCGUCAUAACCUAUGUAAAGCUCACUUGCUUUGAACUGGAUCAGCAUGGCUGUUCAAACACCUCUCCAAAAUCGCACAUCGCCAAAACAACACAAACAAAAUUGGAGCAUUGUAUGGAUAGCUGUUACUUCACGGACCCUGAUCGGAUUUACUUUAGCUUGCGAUGACGCGAGUCAAACUACAUUCGGAUGCUUGUUCCUCGUGUGUUUGAAGUUAACUAGAUCAAUCAUAGUGUCGCCCCAGCUUUUGUCACCGCCUCAUGUGAUAGAACAUCAAUUUGUACUUUUUUGUCAUCUUCAUGUAUAAAUGAAUAUUUUAGGUUACCGCUAUCAGUGCAUCUGGAUGAUGUAGAAGGAUUUUAGCUUUAAAGCAGUCUUUGGAAUAUCAGCCUUUUUCGGUCUAAUCUAAACAUAUGAACGAACCUGUACAGAAGGAAUUGUCGCGUGACAUGUCGGACUUGACGGCGUGUUCAACAAGAUGAAACCCUUGUGCGUUCAAACGUGUUCAAUUUUUGGCAUUUGGCUAGUGGUAGCCUACCCUUGCCAUAUUCUGCAGGUACACAAAAGCUCCAACAAUAGUCCAUAGUGUAUUCGGAUCUUAUAACUGUAAAGUAUGAUGUUUUGGUAACUGCAGUGAAUUAAAGCUCUUGAGAUCUUGGACUCCGUGCUUGCCCAGUGUUGCCUACGUUCAAUGGCAUUGGGCAGUAUCCCUGAUAUUGCCACUUGCUUUAAGUUUUAUCUCUGAAGAAUUACAGGGAUAGCAUCGUAUUACAGUACAUUACAUUGGCCAUAUAGUUAAAAAAGUUAUUUACAUGGUAUUUUGUUCAAUAUUCCUGUAGGCCCCUGUACAUAAUUAAAUUACUUAAAAAACUUGAAGAGCACAGUACUUUCAGUAUUCAGACGUGAUUUCAUUCCAUUUUAAUUUCAGAUACACAUUUUCUUAUCACAGUCUCUAAUAACUCCUUUGUAACUGCAUAACUUCAUGUGUGUUUUACAUUAAUAAAGGAAAUUUAGAAAUUCUUUCGAAUGCUUUUGCAAGCUUGCAUGGGUAGAGGUUUAAAACUUGGGAUUUACGUGAUGUAUCAAAUUUGCCUGCGAUAUCAAAGGGGAAACCACUCCCUUUGUCAAAACAGAGGCCAAAAGUAUAAUCUUCUUUCAAUCGUAUAUUAUAACAAGUUUGGCAAAACUUUUCCAAGCUUGUCACAAAUUAUUAUUAACAGUAAUACCGUUUUAUAUAAAUAUUUUUAAAUGCAUGAGCGUUUAUGAAUACCAUCUAGUCUCAUCUCUGUGCUGUUCAUUUUUAUUUUUCACCCUGGUCACUAUCGUAAAUUUUUGUUGAAAUGUUGUUGUUGGGUUUAUUCAUAUCGCUGAAACACAUUUUUUUGCUUUGUUUUCUUUUUUGAAAAAGUUUGUAAGAUCAAAUCCAUGAUCUUUCAACUUUUUGUUGAACUUGAGCACAGUGUUAAGAAAUCUUACAGUAUUUGCGUUGUAGUGCAAUAAUGAUGUCUUUCAGUGAUGAUCUGAACAAAAUCAUUAUUGGUCUAUCAAUUUCUUCCGUAUAUUAAGUUUCAUUUUCUUUGACGCUUUGUCUUAUAAGGUUAGAUUUACCAUCUGAUAACAUAUGUGAUCUCUUUUGUUUUAAACCAUGACAACUCUGUCUAGAUGUCAGGAUCUUAUGUACUGAAGUGGAUUUCAGUUCAAACAUGGUCUAGAGUGUACAAAGUAUGUUUUAAGAAACUCGGUUUUUAACCAUUCAGUCCUUGCGUUUUUAUUGUUGAAAUAAAAAGUAUGCUUUCGAAAGGUCUGUGUUAUGAGAUUUGGAGACUUGCAGAAGCCGUUUACCGCCAAGAUCCACCCACUGGGGAUACUCGACGUCUGAGUGUCUAACAUGAAAUUCCAAUGUCACAAGCACGAUGGGGCAGAAACCCUUAAA